UGCUCCCAAUUGCAGGAAAAUAUUUUGUAAAUGCUAAACGAUAGGCACGCUUUCGGCGUCCGGUAAAACAGUGCCAGCCCAAAGCAACGGUGCGUGUUUCUCGGGAAAGUGUUCGUUCGCAUCUCUAGUCGUGGAUUGCCGAGAUUUUCGGUGCGUUAACCCAAAGUGGAAGGUACUCCUCGCGGAAUGAGCACGGUUCGGCCAUCUUGAAAGUAAGGCAACACCAACACACGCACAAACGCAGACACGUACGUGCGUCCUAUGCCCGCAAGGAAACGGUUGCCAUCGAAGGAAUCCUUGGUUUUUGGUGCCCUUUGCUACACGCGCUCGCCCUACCAGCGAUCGAUAGCGGAUUGUCCUCUCAGCGGGUUUCCAGCGAGCAACGAUCCGUCUCCAUGGCAGGCACCGAUAGGUGGAAAGAGGUCUAGAAAAGUGACCCGUAAGACAAUCGCUACCAUCUCACCACCACUACACCACGCUCUCGCCGUCGCUUACAUUCGGCCAAACCGCUUGCCGUUGCUGGGGUGCAAAGCGAAAAGAAAGGAAGGACCAGGAUCACAAUUGCAACAUCCGGAACUGGAACCCGGCAGUUCCGGCGAGCCGCGUAGAGCACCAUCUCUUUCUCCCUUGGGUGUGGACACAGCGACGGCGUGGAAAGCGACCGUCCCGCGGUACACAACCCGAGCGCUGGAGCGGAGCAAACGAAGUGGACGGAGCAAGCAGCGAGAUCCGGAAGCCUAAGAACGCGCCCCAGAACCCAUUCCAGAGGCCCGGCUUGCAUGAGUAGAUUAUGUCUGAUAUCUGUGACCAGAUGUGUACAUAGCCAUGGCUGCGACCCGAAAGUUGCAAGGUGAAAUCGAUCGGUGCCUGAAGAAAGUCACUGAAGGAGUGGAAACGUUCGAGGAUAUUUGGCAGAAAGUUCACAAUGCUACAAAUAGCAACCAAAAGGUGAGCAACCGCGCGUUCGCUUCUCGAUGCGAUGGCCACGGACUUACGGGUACCUUGCGCUUGCAGGAAAAGUAUGAGGCGGAUCUCAAGAAGGAAAUCAAAAAGCUGCAGCGGUUACGUGAUCAGAUCAAAUCAUGGAUCGCAUCCGGCGAGAUCAAGGAUAAAAGCGCUCUGCUGGAAAACCGUCGGCUCAUAGAAACCCAAAUGGAGCGGUUUAAGGUGGUCGAACGGGAAACCAAAACGAAAGCAUACUCGAAGGAGGGACUCGGAGCGGCCCAGAAGAUGGAUCCGGCGCAGCGGGAAAAGGAGGAGAUCAGCAGCUGGUUAACGUCGUCCAUCAACUCGCUGCAGAUCCAGAUCGAUCAGUUCGAGUGCGAGAUCGAAUCGCUGCUGGCGGGCAAGAAGAAAAAGCUCGACAAGGACAAGCAGGACAAGAUGGACGAGCUGAAGGGAAAGCUGGAGAGGCACAAGUUCCACGUCACGAAGCUCGAGACGUUGCUGCGGAUGCUCGACAACGACGGUGUCGAGGUGGAGCAGAUAAAGAAAAUUAAAGAGGACGUAGAGUACUACAUCGAUUCUUCGCAAGAGCCGGACUUCGAGGAAAACGAGUACAUCUACGACGAUAUCAUCGGAUUGGAUGAUGUGGAAAUCUCUGGCAUCCCGGUGUCAACUGGCACAGACAGCAAUAACAGCAACGAGACGGCCGGUUCGCCCAGCAGUCUGAUAUCGGGAACUAGUCCGGCACAGUCGCCGGUGCUGAACUACAGUGCGAGCACGCUGCACAACCACAGCAGCGAUUUGUCCGCCGAUAAUAACAAUCUAAGCGAGAAGCGUCCCAAGCCCGAUGGCACGAAGAUAACGCCGGUAAAACCGACUGCAAUCCGAGCUAGCAAAGUGGACCCCUCUGUCCUGGCGGUCAGCAAUGUCGUGAACAACAACAACGGCAGCAGCAACACUAGCGGCAUCAUCGGCAGUAACAGCAGCAACAACAAUUCGUCCAAACCGGGGUUGAUUAGCUCGACGCCUAGCAAAAACCACGCGAACGCUGGUCCGGCACCGAGCGGGUUGCAGCCACCUCCGAACAGUAUAUCGCUCAAUGGGCCCGCGUUCGCUGCGGUGGCGAAACAGCACGCCAGCAAAAAUGGCUCCACAACCCAGUCGAAUGCGACGUCGUCUUCGGGUGCAUCGUCGAGCGGUCCGCAAGCUCCGAAUGCAUCGAAUGUCUUCAACCUCAGUCAGAUUAUUAAUGCAUCUCAACCUAAGCUUAGUCAGUCGCAGCAGCAGCAGCAGCAGAAUCAGACGCAGCAAAAUAGUAUGCCGAGUGCGGCGGCCGUGGUUGCCGCGGCAAACAGUGGCAAUGUGCAGCCAUCGACUCAAGCAGUACCAUCGUCACAGCAGCAACCGCAGCAGCAGCAGCAGCAGCAGUCGCAGCAACAAACGCCGCAGCAGCUACAAUCCCAGCAGAUUCCUUCCGUGCAGAAUUCCAUGCUUCUACACAGCGGUGGCCAACCGCUGUCGUCGUCUGCGGCGAGCACCGAGAGCGGCAAUCAUGUAAUUAGCACCUCGUCCGCGGCCACGAUCAGCAGUAGUGGCCCGAAUGUUAUUAAUAACUGUGUCUCGCCAAGCAAUUCCGCAGUCAGUAGCAGGGCGUCUCCCAGUUUAAUGUCACCACCGCAGCAGCAGCAGCAGCUGUUAAAUGGCCCUACAACACUCGCGCAAGAAGUGAUAAAUAGAACGGGAGUUCUCGAAACUGGUCCUAGCCCCAAUCCCAACACUCUGAUGCAACAACAGCAGAGCCAACAGCAACAGAAUGUGCUAGGUGCAUCUGCGGCAGCGGCCGCCGCAGCGGCCGCGGCAACGGCCGCUGCAGCAGUGGCACUUGCGUCCGCUCAGCAACAAGGGACGGCAGCGGCAGUAGCCGCGGCCGCUGCAACCGCAGCAGCCGUCGCCGGGCAGCAGCAGCAACAAUCGCAACAGCAGCAACAACAAUCGCAACAGCAACCACAGCAGCUACCACUAUCACAGCCAGUGGACACGAGACAGACCGUUCCUCCCAAUCAGUCCGCUCAACUGCAAGGCCCGCCUGCGUCGUUCAUGGUCGAUGCCGGCAGUGGCGGUGGCGGUGGAGUGGCAGGCGCCGGCCUCAUACCGACGUCAUCGGCCACUGCCAUCACCAACGGACCGAACACGAUCAUCAACACAAACACUAGUAUUUCGAGCGCCGCCAGCGUGAACAGUGGCACCGGCGGAAGCCUUAAUCCUGCUGGCACGCACGAGGCAUGCAUACCGCCGCUGCUUGGCGUCGCCCCGCUCGGUACGUCCAAGCUGCAGAAGGAGCAUCAAAUACAAUUCCAACGGAUGGAAGCCGCUUACUAUCAUCUGCCAACGCCGAGCGACUCGGAGAGGCUAAGGCCGUACUUGCAACGUCAACCCGUGCAAACACCAGGGCACUUUCCACAGCAACAACUUCCACAUUCUGACACGGUUGAGUUUUUCCAGCGUCUUUCCCCCGAGACGCUUUUCUUCGUGUUUUACUACAUGGAGGGAACGAAAGCUCAAUAUCUGGCCGCGAAAGCGCUGAAAAAGCAGAGCUGGAGAUUUCAUACGAAAUACAUGAUGUGGUUCCAGCGCCACGAGGAGCCGAAAGUGAUCAACGAAGAGUACGAGCAGGGAACCUACAUCUAUUUUGAUUAUGAAAAAUGGGGCCAGCGUAAAAAGGAAGGGUUUACGUUUGAAUACAAGUACUUAGAAGACAGGGACCUGAAUUGAUCUUUACAGAUUACGGAACUCCUUUUUUAAAAAACAUGUGGAAAAGCGUAAUGAAACGAAAAAAAUCUGUCAAUAAAAAUUACAAAAUGUUCAGAAAAAAAAAACACAAUCACGAGCAAAAUCCGCACGAGCAUCCGCGACGACAAAAUAGGACAAAUGGCCGGCAAAAACACAAACCAUCUUCACCAAACCAACGACGUGACUAUGUUGUGAACGUUACUGGAAAAGGCGAGCGGCUUAAUUGGCGUGCGUAGUAUCUCAGUUCAAGGCUUCUUGGGGCGAUUCAUUUUCUCUCUCCUCCGUUGGAUAGUGAUCGUCGUUUCGUUCCAAACGCCACAUUUGUUGGCCAGCACACGAUCGGGGAGCAUUUUUCUUGUCGCUUUGUUUGCACCACAGCAACCCGUUGCUAGGAUUGGUUGUCAGCUUUAGCGAAUUCGCAAAGCAAUCUUUGAUGGUUCGUCGUACGACACACAGUAUGUCCCCUUAUUGGUAGGUGUUAAUUUUGGGAGUGAGCUUCUUCUCUUCCAGGGUCCAUUAGCUGCUGUUUCUCGUUCAAUAGAAGACCCGUGAUUUGUUGUAUUCCGACUCUUUUGCGGGAUCGCCUCAAAACUUGCUUCUCCGCAGGUGCUCCGAGUCCGAGUCGGACAACGGGGGUAACAAUAUUAUAGAACGGAUCACUCACACUACAAACUUAAUCCUAGAAGAUUGAUGAUGGAGAGAAAAGCUUUUAAAAAGAACAAAAAGAACAUAAAAAACGAAGAGAAAAUUUAGAGAAAACCAUGAAAAAAAGUAUGCAAAUACAUAUUGUUUAGAUGUAACCUCGUGGCCUGGCCGGGGAUGUGUUGACGUGAGUCUGUCGUGUGGAAGAAAAGGGUCGGCCACGCUGUGUGCUGUAGAUUUUGAUUCCACGUUACAACACUCAUACUUUCUUCAUCAGUGGCCACCGAUCGUCAUGGUUCGACUCCUUGCGGUUUUAUCAUUAACCCCAUUUCCCUUUCAUGUUGUUACGUCGGUUGGCCGACCAUUUUGUAAAAAGAGAAACCUCACUAGACAAAACCGACACACUUCAUGCUGGUCACUUCCUGUUUCAUCCCAUGCGUCUACAUUGGUCUCUGUCGAAUCGAUUCUAGGCCUGCAAUAGAUAGGGGGACGCUGCCCAGUAUUGCCGUCACAAACGAUCGCGGAACAUAUUCUCAGUUCUGUUACCGGUUUAUCUCCUGACCUUCGCUGCUGUACAUUGUCAGCGCUUCGUAGGGCUGAAACGGAUAGUAAAUGGUCGUGCGGCUCCCUAGCGAGUGGUGUGAAUCCAGCGUUCCGUCAGCGUGUUCUCUAGAGCAAAAGCAGAAAAGAAACUAUAAAACAAAAUCCCCCCCUCGCCGGAACAUUCACCGCUCGGACCUGUGAAUGUUCGCGAGGCGCCACAAUCUCGAAUAAGUGUAAUUGCAUAAACAUGAACAAGUUGUCAAGAGGUGAGGGUAGAAGGUGUAAGAAAACUCAGAGCAACAACAUUUUUCCGGGUGUCACAGGCUUUCCGCCCGGAUCGGCCUCGUUCCGGUGGAGUGAAAGAAGCAAUUUAAGAUGAAACUAUCAAACGGCGGAUCCUGCUCCGUUGUCCGGCGAGUCUGAACCCCACUGGUGGAGUACCGAUCACCAUUUACCAGCUGGUUCCAUUUGUGUUGGAAUCAACGAACGGCCCGUCAGCCGCGCUCAGUUCCGCCUUAACGAGCGGGAGUCCAGGAGACAAUUAGGCGGAGGCGCGAGCGGGCAACUCGCGAUUGAGACCUAACCGUUGAAAGAUGGCUAGCCUUAAGGGAAGAGGUGUACGCUCUGUCUAUCGAUACCGAAUGCGACGGUGUUCGGUAUAGGAUUACUACUGUCCCAGCCAAAGUACUCUCCGAAUCGAAGAGGAAAUGGGACACUGCGUUCCGGGCAUCAGGAAGCGUAGUGGGGCAAGGAAGUGGCUUUCCGGCACGCAGACAAACCUCUCUAGCGCUCUGCCCAGAACUGAUCCCGGAUGGAGCAAGGAAAGGCGUAGCUCUGUGUGUCCCUCCCGGAGGUGAGUGUAGGUGGCGCGUGCGGGUUUGUGCUGCCGGCUAACACUGCCAAUACAAAAACCUUCCGCGAGUGGGACGAAGCGAACGAUGCAGAAAUCGAAAGAAGAUGCAGAAAUCGUUCAAAAGCUAUGACAGUAGGAAAAAGGAUCAAUUGAAUGUAAAAACAGAAAUCGGAGCACAGUAGAAAGGAUCAAUAAUAAAUCGAGAAAAAAACGGAAUAAAGUAAACACAGUAAACAAAAAAAAUGAAAACACACGAAAAUACAUAGGAAAUGUUGCUAAACCAUCGACGUAAAACCGUUAAGCCACCGCCAACGUGGGGGACAACGCACGUGAACAUUUCCUGACCCACGAAUGACGAUAAAUGAAUGAACAAAACAACUGCAUUAAAAUGUGAUUUAUAAUUAUAGAUAAACUGAUUGAGUAAUUAUUAUUGAAAUAAAAGCUCUAUAUAUUAAAGCAGAUUUACCUUUA